AUGACGUCGCGGAAGUGGAGUGGAGUGAUUCUUGGCCGUGUUGGACAGCUAGCGCCUGUGCCUCUCCUCCAAAAAUACUCGUCCUCUCCUUCAGAGCUCCUAAGUGAUCCCUCUUGGUUGCGAGAGUCCUCAAAUAGCCUCUCGCAGGCGCAGAGCGCCUCGACGGCGACCUUCGUCACCGCGCUCGUCUUCAACGCCGCCGUCUUUGGCAUUGAGCUCGGCAUCUUCACCCUAGUCCGUCCCUUCUUCCCAGCCAUCUACCAGCCCCGGACGUACAUACCCCCUAAGAGCCAACGCGUAUCGUCCCUUACCCAGAAUGACAAGACGCAUAUAUUGCUAUGGCCGUACAGGGUCUUCUGGUCAGACUACGAGGAAAUUCGGACGAAGAACGGUAUGGAUGCGUACUUCUUCGUCCGCUUCCUCCGCAUGUUUGCCCGCAUCCUCCUCCCUAUCUGGCUUAUCUCCUGGAUUGUCCUACUCCCCGUAACCUCCGUGGGCACAAAUGUUGCGCCCCACACCGGCCUCGACCGCUUCAUCUUCGGUAACGUUGCGCCCAACAAACAGAGUCGCUAUGCUGCGCACCUCAUCUUAACAUGGUUCUUCACCGUCUGGAUCUGGUACAACAUCCGUCUGGAGAUGAAGAACUUCGUCACCGUCCGCCAAAAGUGGCUGAUUGACCCCAAGAACGCAUCCUCACCUCGGGCGAGCACCAUCUUAAUCACCGGUGUCCCGCGCCGCUACCUCUCCGAGUCUGCCAUUGCACAGCUCUUCUCGCACCUCCCUGGCGGCGUGGCGAAGGUCUGGCUGAACCGCGACCUCAAGGAAAUGCCCGAGCUGUACGACCGUCGGCAGAGUGCGGCGAAGAAGCUCGAGUCCGCGGAGACGAACCUCCUCAACACCGCCGUUAAGCUGCACAACAAGAAGCUCAAGGCGGAGGCGAAGCAGGCCAAGAAGUCUGGCAGUAACAAGCGCGCGUCGGUCGACACCAACCGCCCGCUGACGGAUCCCACUAGUCCCGCGAGCACUACCGACGUCGAGCGCGACGUGUCCCUCGCGGAGAAGCUCGUGCCCCGUAACAAGCGUCCCACGCACCGCCUGCCCCCCUUCGGGUGGCUGCCGUUCUCGCUCCCGCUGAUCGGUCAGAAGGUGGACUCGAUCGAGUGGGCCCGCCAGGAGCUUGAGACGACGAACGCGGCACUGCGCAUUGCGCGCCGCACGCUCGCGCGCGACGUCGCGCUGUCGAGCAGCCUCCCCGCGGCAGAAACCAACCACCCGGACGCGAUGAAGACGGACUCGGGGCUGUCGCAGACGUACCCGCCGCUGAACUCGGCGUUCGUGCUGUUCAACUCGCAGAUCGCGGCGCACAUGGCGGCGCAGGUGCUGACGCACCACAUGCCGUACCGGAUGGCGUCGAAGAGCGUGAACGUCGCGCCGGAGGACGUCGUGUGGAGCAACCUGAACAUGAACCCGUACGAGGCACGGGUGCGCUCGGCGAUCUCGUGGGCGAUCACGAUCGGGCUCGUCAUCGUGUGGGCGAUCCCGGUCGCGUUCAUCGGUAUCGUGUCGAACGUCCACUCGCUGUGCGCGACGUACAGUUGGCUGAGCUGGCUGUGCGAUUUGCCGAGCGUGAUUGUGGGGAUCAUCAGCGGUAUUUUGCCCCCGGUACUGCUCGCGGUGCUGAUGAUGCUGCUGCCGAUUAUCUUGAGGCUGCUGGCGCGGUUUGAGGGCAUGACGCAGAAGACGAGCAUCGAGCUCAGUCUGAUGACGCGGUACUUCAUCUUCCUGGUCAUCAACUCGUUCCUGGUCGUGACGCUCUCGGCGGGAAUCAUCGCCGCGCUCCCGCAGCUCGUCGACAACCCCGCGUCGAUCCCCACCCUGCUUGCCCAGGAACUGCCCAAGGCGUCGAACUUCUUCCUCACUUACAUCAUCCUGCAGGGCCUGUCGGGUACUGCGUCGGGCUUCUUACAAGUCGUGCCGCUCGUGCUGUACUACGUGAAACUGUUCAUCCUUGGGUCCACCCCGCGCUCGAUUUAUGCCAUCAAGUACACGCUGCGCUCGGUGUCGUGGGGCACGCUCUUCCCGAGCGUGACGCUCCUCGUUGUCAUCACUCUCGCCUACAGCGUCAUCUCGCCGAUCAUCAACGGCCUCUCAUUCGUGACGUUCUUCCUCUUCUUCCAGCUCUGGAAGUAUCUCUUCCUGUGGCAAGUCGACGGGUCGGCGGGCGGUGAGACGGGCGGCCUGUUCUUCCCCAAGGCGAUCAAUCACCUCUUCGUCGGGCUGUAUCUCCAGCAGAUCUGCCUCGCCGCGCUCUUCUUCCUCGCGGAGGACGAGAACAAGAAGGCGAGCGCGAUCCCUGAGGGCGCGCUCAUGAUUGUGCUCAUCGCGUUCACCGCGUUCUUCCACCUGAUCAUCAACAACUCGUACGGGCCGCUGAUCGAGUACCUGCCGCUCACGCUCGCGGACGUGACGCACAAGAGCGGGCGGGAGCAGAACGCGAUCGAGCAGGAGAUCGAAGACGGGGAUUCUUACGAUGCCGAGGCAGUCGAGGCCAAGGGCGACGCGAACGCCAUGCAGAAGCGCACAGCGCGCAAGCGCGUGUCCGGGGACUCGCAGCAGUCCGGGCGGGACGACGCGGACAAGACGAAGGUGCGCGACACAGACGUAGAGGCGGGCGAGCCGACGAGCCCGAGUUCCGUGAGCCCCACGCGGACGGACAAGGACAAGGAGAGCAAUGACAGCAGUGUGCGGGGCGUGGACGAGGACGCGGGCCCGAAGGACUUCUACCACCCGGCGAGCGUGGAGCCGGCGCCGAUCAUCUGGAUCCCGCGCGACCCGCUCGGGCUGGGCGAGGCGGAGGAGCGGGCGUGCAAGGAGGCGGGGCUGGCGGUGUCGACGCAGGACGCGGUCAUGGACGCGAAGGGCCACGUGGACAUCUCGGGGCCCCCGCCGGGCUCGGCUUCUUGGCAUUGAGUGUUGCGUGAGAUGACGAGAUAUGAGAGGAGGGAAGGGGGAUGAGUACAUCGACAAAUCUGAGUCUUCUUGAUUACCCCACACACGCGUACGAGUUCGUCUGCUACUACUAUCCACUGCCCUCUGAUCGCUCGUGUGGACUCGCCGUCCGUAGCCGUUGAGUAGCGAUUGGCCGAACUUCCGUGUACUGCUAGUAUCAUAGUGUUUAUUAUUGAGUAUUAUAUCGUGUUACCCAUUAGCCUGUGCUGUGUUGUGCUUGUGGAUAUCGCGUUCCGGCCCUCUUUUCUCGUGCUGCUCGUGUUUGUAUGCCUCGGCUGCGUCCAUUGAGCCCUAUGUCUGUUGAGCCCUGGGUCUGUUGUCGGGUUUGGCUACCCUCGGUCGUGCCUCUGGCGGCUCGUAUACCACAGUCUCUACUUACCCGAGAUAAAACUAGAACAUAUUUAUACAUAC